AUGUCGGUCGCUGUUUCAGAGUUCCCAAGCAGAGCAGCCGAUCAUCUUGGGACUUUCAGCAGGCACAAUGAUCCAGCCUUGUUGGACAUCUCUGCUCUGGGAACCGCUGCCCAGAUCUUGGGUGUCAUCAAUCGUUACCGCUUGCAACCAUCACACGAUAAUCCCGCCAAGUCGGACAACGGUACUUUCAAGUUUCUGGCUACGAUAUAUAGCCACGUACGAGCUGGGCAAGCCAUCCCCAUGUGCUUGCCUGCGUUCCCCUUCAAAUCGCCGAACAGAUCCACAAAAGUCCUCGGCAAACUUCCCGACAAGGCCGAAGAACUGGCCUUGUCUCACCUCCAUGGACUUUGCAUGGCCAUCCGAGAUGUAUAUGCUCCUGGCGCCACGCUCACCAUCAUCUCCGAUGGCCUUGUAUACAACGAUUUACUUGGGGUUCCAGACAGAGAUGUGUGGGCUUAUGGAGAAGCUCUUCGGCAAGUUGCGGAAGCCAAGCGCUUCACUAGCAUAGCGUUCUCGCGGCUGCGGGAUCUCGUAUCCGUACCUCUUCCCGAGCAACUUGACGAGAUGACCUAUGUCGCCAACGCAUCCAACUUUCGCCUUGCGCUUCUAAACACCUUUGCUGACCCAAACUGGGAGUGGAAAGAGGUCAGCAAGGUCGAAGACGUCUGCCUCACUUACCGGGGAUAUAUCAAAUUUCUCGAGACCGACCUUGCAGACGUCUACCCUCUCCGAGAGGGGCGCACCAAGUCCAAGUACAAGCGGGGGGUUGAAUACAUUGCGAAGCACAUGAUGGCUCGCGGAAAUGCAUUUGCCACCGCGGUUCGACAAAGGUACAAGGACCAUGUUCGUCUGUCCAUUCACCAAUCUACGGGCGCCACCAAGAUCCCAAUCAGUCUUCUUCCCACAGAAACGACCUUCACCACGCCCUGGCACUGCUCGGUGGCUUAUAAGGUGGACGGUACUGUCGUGUCUGGCAUGAGGGCCGACUUUGAUAACGAUGCGACAUACGAACUCGUGACAGAAAACGGGAUUCCGAGCUAUUAUCGCGAAAAGUCGCCUCUAUUCUCUUGGGAUCUUGCCCAGGGCGCUGUGAGCUUUGAGCCAAUCUACCCCUGUGGGUGGAUGGUUCGGCCCGCCGGUGGACCUGAACCACUUUCGACACUUUCGAUCAACGACGUAGAUGCCAAGAAAGUCCGCUCACUGGCCGAAGUAAACUCCCCUGUCGUCUUGCGAGGCUUCUUCGAGUCCCCAAAGAAGGAAGCGUUCAUAGAAAAAGCCAAGGAGGUCGGCGAGCCACAGCCAUGGAGCUUCGGUCUUCUUCUCGAGGUUAAGGAUCGAGGAUCAGACUCUCGAGGGUUGAACAACACCCUGAGUGCCGAACUUAUGCCUUUCCACUACGAUGGCCUUUUCAAGACUGCUAAAAGGGUGGACGACAAUGGUGAAGAGAUCCUAGCCUCUCUGCCCCCAAAGUUCCAGUUCUUCGCCGGCGUCACCCCGUCCCCCCCGGACUCGGGAUACACCCUGUUCUCGUCAUCGACGGCGGUUUUCAAGCAUAUCCCCAAGUGGAUGACGGUGGAAGAUCUCUCGUCCAAGACUUGGACGGCAGCAACGCCGUGUUUUGGCUCGGCUGUGCUAAGAGGCUUGCCACUGGUUGUGCCACACCCUACCACUGGGAGGCCGUGCCUCCGAUAUCACGAACCGUGGCCGCAGUCCAAAACCAAGUUUGACCCCACUCGUGUGAGCAUUGACCAUGAGGACGAGGCAACGAGCCAGGCCAUCUGCGAGGCCAUCAAUUCGACACUACGUGACAGGCGCGUGGCCUACUAUCAUGCUUGGAAGGAGGGGGAUUUGCUCCUGAGUGACAAUACUUUGGCGUUGCACACUAGAAGUGCUUUCCUGUCUGGAAGUGACAGAGAGUUGUGGAGAAUACAUCUGGACUGA